CGUCCAUCUUUAAUGUAGCUCGUAUACACUGAGGCAGAGUGACGCGAAGAAGAAAAAAAACCCUAAAAUAUUUGAGAAUAAUUUGUGCCAAUAUUUUUUUGUUAGAAAAAAAAAUCUAAACAAAAACAACAACAACAAGCAACAAAAUUAGACAUAUUUGAGGAAAAGGGACAGAAGGUAUGAAGACAGCGUCAUAGCCAAGCCAUGGCCGAUAAGAGAAAACUCCAAGGUGAAAUAGACCGGUGUUUGAAAAAAGUCUCAGAAGGUGUGGAACAGUUUGAGGACAUUUGGCAAAAGCUUCACAAUGCAGCCAACGCCAACCAGAAGGAGAAAUAUGAAGCCGACCUCAAGAAGGAGAUUAAAAAGCUCCAGAGACUCCGAGACCAGAUCAAGUCAUGGGUUGCGUCCAACGAGAUCAAAGACAAACGGCAGCUAGUGGAGAACAGGAAACUCAUUGAGACGCAAAUGGAGCGCUUUAAAGUGGUAGAGCGGGAGACGAAGACGAAGGCGUACUCUAAAGAAGGACUGGGUUUAGCUCAGAAAGUGGAUCCAGUGCAGAAGGAGAAGGAGGAAACAGAACAGUGGCUCACGAACACCAUAGACAAUCUGAACAUGCAAGUGGAUCAGUUUGAGAGCGAAGUUGAGUCUCUGUCCGUCCAUACGAGAAAGAAGAAAGGAGACAAGGAGAAGCAGGAUCGCAUUGAUGAGCUGAAAAGGUUGAUCGAAAGACACCGGUAUCACAUUCGUAUGCUGGAGACCAUCUUAAGGAUGUUAGACAACGACUCAGUGCAGGUGGAUGCAAUCCAUAAGAUAAAGGACGACGUGGAUUACUACGUCGACUCCUCACAGGAUCCAGACUUUAAGGAGAAUGAGUUUCUGUACGACGACCUCGACCUUGAAGACAUCCCGAUGCUGGCCACGUCUCCGCAGGGACACAACGAAGAUGAGAUGAGCACUCCCACCUCCACCACAUCGUCAUCCCCUAUCCCUCCAUCUCCAGCCACAGCUACCGCCGAGAUCCCUGAAGAGGAGAAGAAGAGAGGCCGAUCUACUGACAGUGAAGUGAGCCAGUCACCCGUGAAGAGCAGCAAUCCCCUGUCUUCUUUCUCCUCCUCAUCCUCGUCCUCUUCAGGCUUUUCCUCCUCCUCCACCUCCUCCCUCGUUUCCAUGGCGGCAGUCGUAGGGGGAACCGCGUCGGUUUCCGGUGGCAGCACUCUCCUGGGCAGUUUCAGCAGCGCCGUCCAGCAGCACCCGCACGGCAAGCUGUCCUCCUCAUCCUCUUCAUCGUCUUCGUCGUCGUCCUCUUCCUCUUCCUCUGUGACAUCCAGCAGCACGUCCAGCCCGCCCAGCCACCCUAAUUUGCCCUCUUCCACCACCCCAUUGGCCCUGCCCACUUCUAACUCUCAACCGCUGACAUCAGCGGGGCUUAACGUCGGCAAAGCAGGCACGGCGGUGACGAGCAGCGGUAUGCCAGGCUUGAUGCCCAGCAAUAUGGCCGCCAUCAUCUCGAGCCCGAUGUCCACUCCUUACGCCCAGGCAGCGGCUGGCAGCGGCCCGAGCGGACCCGCGGGCAAUACCAGCAGCAACAGCAGCGCGGUUUCGGCGGUGGGCGGAGCAAACUCUAACACUAAUUCUACGGCUAACGCCAACGGGACAGUGCAGAUGGCAUCCAGCGGGGGUAUCUUAGGCCUCGGACCAGCACCGUCGAGCCACCAGGGGGCAGCACAGUUACCUAUCAGCCCAGUGGGCACGGUGCCAGGGGGUGGAGCCAGCAUGGGCCCUGGAAACGGGGGCAGCACGGCAUCAUCAGGGGGCAUCAUGGGUAACGUGGCACCUGCCCGACCGCCCAGUGUGGUGAAACAAAAUGGAGGAGCAAACCCUCUAGCCUACAGCGCCGUGGUGGCCGACAGCAGCUCAGACUCCUCCCUUAGCAGUGCCAGCCUAUCGCAGAGCAGCCAGCCCUCGUCCACCAGCUCCUCGGCCAAUCAGACUCUGGAUAACGGCUCGACCCUGCUCAGCACCAUCACGCUGCCUCCGUCCUCUCAGUCUCCGUCGUUUUCAGACAGCACCCCCGGUGGCGGGAGUUUACUGAACGGUCCGCACUCGUACACACCCAGCACAGAGGCGAUAAAGGCUCCUGAGCCUCUGAGUUCUCUGAAGGCGAUGGCAGAACGAGCGGCAAUAGUUUCUGGACUGGACGGAGAAAUCCCACCGCUUCAUCUGACAGAGCGAGAUUUGUUUUCAGGAUCCUCGGCUGCCCCCGGCCCUGCAGUUCCCUCCCAGCCUGCUGUCACGGAGGUGAAUCUUCCACCCACUCUGGGGGCGUGUCCUCUAGGGCCCUCCCCUCUCACUAAAGAGCAGCUGUAUCAGCAGAUCAUGCAGGAGGCUGCCUGGGCGCACAUGCCCCUCCCAUCAGAUUCGGAAAGGAUCAGGCAAUACAUGAUGAGGACCCCAUGCCCUCUAAUGCCCUUCCACCAUCACACUCCUCCUCAUCACUGCGACUCCAUUGAUUUCUACCAGAGACUCUCUACAGAGACCUUGUUUUUCAUCUUCUACUACCUGGAGGGCACGAAGGCUCAGUAUCUGUCGGCUAAGGCCCUGAAGAAGCAGUCUUGGAGAUUCCACACUAAAUACAUGAUGUGGUUCCAGAGACACGAGGAACCAAAGACCAUCACCGAUGAGUUCGAACAGGGAACCUACAUUUACUUUGACUAUGAAAAAUGGGGCCAGAGAAAGAAGGAGGGCUUCACGUUCGAGUACAGAUACCUGGAGGACCGAGAUCUGCAGUGACACACAGAUCCAACGCACAAAGAGUGAAUGAAAAUAAAUGAGAGAGCGAGCGAUAGAGAGAGAUGUCUUCGACGACUGCAGCUGUUGACAUUCCAGGAGAGGAGUGCAGUCUACAUGGUGAAGAUGAUAUAAAAGUAGGGCAUCAUCAGAGAGAGAGAGAGAGAGAGAUGGGGUCGAGUGCCUGUUUACACACUCUUUAAUCUGUUUCAAAUUAAAGGCCCGUUCCGUUGUCAUCUAAAUGAGUAGAAAGAAAACUAUAAAGAUCUUUAACACACCUUCACGUGACCUUGAAAGAAAAGAUAAGCAUCACUGUUUGUUUGUGCUUUGUGAAACGUGUGACGUCAUCCAGCGCCCGGCUUGUCCAAGCGAAAGGGAAAAUUUGUAAACUUUAUUUGUAAAGCCUUACACGGGAUAUUACACGUAUUGUAAUGUAAAUAAAUUCGAGAGCCAGAGUGUAACAAAUGAAUUGACGAAGACAUAUCUGCAGUCCCAUAAUGCAAAGCUAGCAUUAAAAAGAGAAGAAAUUUACAUGAUGGGAAAUUUGCAAACAAUCCUAAGCAGCCAAACAGCUGUCUGAUUUAAAAAGGUUGUUUUCCUCGAGGUUCUCCAGACUCCUCCCACACACCAGGCUUUAGAUCGCUCCCAGACGUUAACGAGUACGCCCCCCCCCCCGUUUCACUGAACGUUUUACCGUUGAAUUAGUGCAGGACAUUUACUUAACGUUUAGGGAGCAGCACAGACAUAAGGUGCGGACUGACUUCACAGAGCUUUGACCACACGAGCACAAAUACACAGAGAUCCUUUAAAAAAAAAAAAUUUAAUUUAACAUAUCAUUUCUUCAAGCUGCAAUAGUCAGAAUUGUUGUUUUUUGCCGCCGCCGCCCCCUCCCCUCUCUUCCGGACAGCACUAACGGAGCUCGGACACGUUCAGGACAAAACAGAGGGCAAGACAGAAAAACGAGCGGACACAUUAAAUUGCUAUGCAAUUGAACUCUUCUCGGCCUGCGUCACCUAAACGGCGUUAUUACGAUGACGACGAUGUUGAUGAUUAUUAAUAUUAUCGUUAGUGGCUGUCCUUGUUUUUUGUAGCAUCUUCAUCCCAGGCGCGAUUCCGGUGUCACGAGUAUAAAUAACCUUAAGAUAAGUAACCUUCAGAGGUUUUUUUUUUUGUUUGUUUCUGCUCCAGGCGUCCUUUAGAUGCAUAGGAUCAAGAUUGGGUCACUAAACUAAUACCUGUUUGCUAGUUUAUUCCGCUUGAUUAUAAAGUACAUAAAAUUCCCCUUUAAACUUAUUUCCCUUUUCCUUUCUUAUUUUAGAAGGGAAAAAAUUAAUGAGAAUUUCAUUCGAGGCUGACACGACUACAUCCAGACUUUGAAAAGAGGUUCUUUUUUUUUUUUUUUUUUAAGCACAUGGACUGAACGUGCAGCUGAUUUGUGAAUUUUUUUUUCUUCUCCUGAAAGACGUGAUGUAUAAAUUAAUUUCACAGCCUUUUAGCAAGGCUGAGUGUGGAAAGAAGAAGAAGAAGAAAAAAAAAAAAGUGUACAAUUUCAAUAAAAUACUUUUAUGAACCA